GUUCACUAUCAGAGCAAGAGAGGCAUCAGAGGUGGGGUCGUAGCCAUGACUGCUGCACCCGGAUCAGUUCAGAAGUCUGAGGAAGAAUGGCGUGCAGUUCUUUCUCCUGAACAGUUCCGCAUUCUCAGACAAAAAGGGACCGAGUAUCCAGGUACAGGGGAAUAUGACAAGUUCUAUGGUGAAGGUGUCUACAACUGUGCAGGAUGUGGAACUCCCCUGUAUAGGUCCACAACUAAAUUUAACUCUGGAUGUGGAUGGCCAGCGUUCUAUGAGGGCAUUCCUGGAGCAAUAAAUCGCACUCCUGACCCAGAUGGAAGGAGGAUAGAAAUUACAUGUGCUGCUUGUGGUGGGCAUCUUGGUCAUGUGUUUAAGGGUGAAGGAUUCCCGACACCAACAGACGAGCGUCAUUGUGUCAAUAGCAUUUCACUCAAGUUCACUCCUGCAAAUUCUGAUGCCAAAAUAUGAACCUUGUUCCUUAUUCUGCGCCCUCCUUCUGCAUCUUCUGUCUUAAACAUAAAAGUAAUUUUGAUCCAUUGAUGGAUAAUGAUGUUGUGCUGUUGAAAUAAAUAUUUCUUGUUACGUUGAGGAUAUACUGGUUAUCGAUGUCAUGUAUGUGCGCAAGUGCAAGGGUGUCCAGAAGUGAACUUGGUUUUGGCAACAGAAAUUAUGGAACUAGUUAUCACUUAUCAAGGGAAAAUGAUCUGUGAUCGUUGAA